AAAAAUAGUGUAAAUAUAGUGUGUCAGUAUCAAUGCGCAGAAGGGAAAGCACUCAGCAGUUGUGUGUGAAGCGCUUGGUUACAUCUCUGACACAUCUUUGUGUGUUUGUAAGACGAAUUUACUCUUCCUUUAACAACCAUGAAGUUUCAAUACAAAGAAGAGCAUCCUUUUGAGAAGAGGCGAUCGGAGGGAGAGAAAAUCAGGAAGAAAUAUCCAGACAGGGUUCCUGUAAUUGUGGAAAAAGCUCCUAAAGCCAGAAUAGGUGACCUAGACAAGAAGAAAUACCUGGUCCCCUCUGACCUGACGGUGGGCCAGUUUUACUUUCUCAUCCGAAAGCGAAUCCACCUGAGGGCCGAGGAUGCUCUCUUCUUCUUCGUAAACAACGUCAUUCCCCCUACCUCCGCCACCAUGGGCCAACUGUACCAGGAACAUCACGAAGAAGAUUUCUUCCUUUACAUCGCCUACAGUGACGAGAGCGUGUAUGGCGAAUAGAGCCAAAGGGAAACGACCCUCAUCCCCUCUUUCUUCCUUUUAAAACAAUAUAUAGACGUCAUGCUGGCAGCCUAGAGCUCUCAGAACUGAAGUAUCAGAUGCACUUUUGCUUUCAAUUUAUCAUAUCUUCUUUUGUGUUUUUAUCCUUUGGUCUGACAUUCAAUUCUGAUGUUUAUUAAGAAUUUACUAAGAAGCCGUUUUUCAUGGUUCUUGCAAAGCUCUAAUACAAUGAAAAUGCCACUGAUACUGUUACAAUUCGACUUGAUUUCCGCUUGUAUGCAGUUGUGUAUCCAUUUUUAGUAUGCAGACCUUUCCUAGCCAAGCUCAUUUCAAAUAUUUCUUACCAUAAAUGAACGUUUGCUCUUCUAGAUGGUUUCUAGCUAGCAUGUGCAGUCCAGCACUCGCUGGUCAGACAGUCAGCUAAGCCUAAUAUGCUGUUGUUACCUUGAUUUGCUUUUAUUAUUGUACCUAAAAGAAUGUAGAUGAGUAGAUUUAUUUUAAGUUGUAAAUCUAAAGUGCAAGUUUUAUUUGCAGUUUUGUUUAGUUUUUUUAAUCUUGGUAUUCAGUUGUAUUUCUGGUACCCAUGACAAUGACCAUAUAAACCAAAUGCACACCAA